AUGGGCGAUGAUGUCCAUGAGGAGUCUAAUGUGAGGCAUAAUUCUAAAUCUGGGAAGGUGAGAGGAUAUGAAAGUGAUUAUAUUCUAUCCUCAGAUCCAAGAAGCUAUGAGGACACCAAUGCAGGCUCAGAGAUAGAAGAAGCUAGGAGGCACAGGUCUACCAUGCAGAUUUUUGAUCCAUCUAAGCCAUUGGAGGAUUUUUCCCUUGAUCUAAAGUUUAAAGACUUGAAGCUAUUUAAGAAGGAACUAGUGGAUUACUCAACCAGGAAGGGAUUUGAAUUCAAGUAUGUCAAGAACGAUGCAGUCAGAGUUAGGGCUAUCUACUCAGGGAAAAAUUACACAUGGUUGAUACUUUGUUCAUGGUGUUGUGGGAAAAAGGCCUUAAUCAUAGUCAAGCACUAUGUUCCUCAACACUCUUGCCUACUUGGAACUACAAAGAAUAGAAAGGUAACACCACUAGUAAUUGAAAAGAGAUUUGGUGAGAUGAUCUUUGUAAAGCUUUUCAUCACACCAAGGCAUUUGAGAUCAAUGGUCAGAAGGGAAAUGGGGGUCUUCAUCACACAAAAAGUUUGUAGAAAUGCCAAGGAAAAGGCCAACCCUGGUGAUAUUCCAACAUUUCAGAAGAUGUAUAUAUGCCUUACAGCAGCAAGAGAGGGGUUUCUUGGUGGUUGCAAGAGGAUUAUAGGAGUAGAUGGGUAUUUUCUGAAAGGUCAAUUGCUUGUAGUUGUUGGAAGAGAUAGGAACAAUCAAAUAUUCCCAAUUGCUUGGGCAAUAGUACAGAAGGAGACAAUUGAAUCAUGGACAUGGUUUUUUGAACAAUUGCAAGCAGAUCUUGGCAUUGGAGAUGGGCUUGGGUGGUCCUUAAUCAGUGACAUGAAGAAGGGUAUAAUAUAUGCAACCAAUGAACUUUUCCCUCACAUUGAGCAUAAGAUGUGUGCAAGACACAUCUAUGCUAGGUAG